AUGACUCUUGCUCAGAAAAAUCUCAUUGAUAUGCUUAAUGAAACCGGUGUACCCACUAGAAAGAUAGCGUCAGUGUUAAGUCAAGAAUCUAUUAGUGAUUGCAACGGUGGUUGUGUUACAAUGGAUAUUCAAAAUUAUUUGGGAAGUAAAAGAAGAAAACUUCUAAAAGAUGGAGAUGCACAAAGAAUGUACAAUUACUUUAUAAGAGUCAAUCAGAGAACCCAGACUUUAUUUAUGCAGUUGAAGUGGAUGAAAAUCAUUGCAUGGGAAAUUGUUUUUGGGCCGAUGCAAGGUCAAGGUGUUAACCACCACUACCAAUCAAUUAUGUUUGGAUGUGCUUUACUUGUGAAUGAGACGACAGAGUCGUACAUAUGGUUGUUAAAAACUUGGCUUGAAACAAUGGGUGGGCAUAAUCCUGCUGUUAUUAUUACUGAUGAUGACAAAGCCAUGGCUAAGGCAAUUUCAUAUGUAUUGCCUAAUAGUAUUCACCGUUUGUGCAUGUGGCAUAUCUUACAAAAAGUUCCUGAACAUUUGGCUCAUGUUUAUAACAAGUAUUCCUCAUUUCACCAUUGCAUUCAUGACACGGUCACAAUAGAAGAGUUUGAAAAUGAAUGGGAUGAAUUAGUUUGCAAAUAUGAGUUAAGGGAAAACGAAUGGUUGAAAGACUUGUACAUGCGGCGUGAAAAAUGGGUACCAGCUUAUUUGAGGACAGCAUUUUGUGCCGGGAUGUCAACAACACAAAGAAGCGAGAGCAUGAACAAAAUUUUCAAGGAUUUCGUCCAUUCUAGUACAUUGGUUAGUGACUUUGUCCAUCAAUGUGAGAAAGCCUUGGAUAGAAGAUACAUGAAGAAGAAAGAAAAAGAUGUUAAAACAAGAACAACCAAAGUAAUUUUAAAGACAUGUUACAAAAUGGAGGCAGAGGCGGGAGAAGUGUACACAAGGAAAAUAUUUUUGUUGUUUCAAGAUGAGCUAUUUUCAAGUCAAAAACACAAAGCAUCUAAAUAUCUUGAGGAAGGAACAACGAAAACAUAUAAGGUAAUGGCAAAUGGGAAAGAAAAGCAAAUCUAUGAAGUAGAAUUUGAUGGUGUUGAAAAGAAAGCUACUUGUUCAUGUCAUAUGUUUGAAUUUGUUGGAAUUCUUUGCAGACACAUUCUUACUGUCUUUGUUAAGAAAUCUCUUGUUGAUUAUCUCCCUAAACAAUAUGUUCUUCGAAGAUGGACAAUAAAUGUGAAGGAUCAUGCUGCACAUGAAAAUUUGAAGGAUGUAGUACAAGAAGGUAAACAAAUUUCUUAUGCUAUGAUGAGAAAUAGUUUGAUGAUAGAGUUUUUGAAAGAUGUUGAAGAAGGGCAGAAAUCAGAAAAGAAACAUGACUAUCUUGCACUUGCUUUGCAAAAGACACAUUGUGAACUUUUAGCUAUGGAUGAUGAUAGUAAUGAAAUUGAAAAUGAUGAUAAUUCAGUAAAUGAAAUAUUACUUGAAGGUGGUAAGCAAGUCUUGUCCAAUUUAGAAUUCACUUUGCAAGAUCCCCUACCUGUUGCUUCAAAGGGGCGACCCAAAUCACUUAGACAAAAACAUCCUAAAGAGAAUCAUGUGGGCAAAAAGAGAAAAUGUAGCAUUUGCAAGCAAACAGGGCAUAUCAGGACUAGUUGUCAUCAGCAAAACCAACCAAGAGAUAAUGCCAAUGUAAGUUUGUCGCCUACCAGUCAAAUAUUUCAUCAGGACUCCAUGCCAAUAACUUUGGAUCUUCCAUGUCCUCAAUUUACUGUGUCUCAAGAUCCUAAGCCUUCUACAUUCAUGGAUCUAAUGACGGAGGCCGGAAAAAACAUAUACAAGUGA